CAAUACGUAUCAGAAAGUAUCGGACAUAUAUCGAUGCAGGAUACGCAGGAGAUACCAUACGUUAUCCUUCUUGGUAGUGGGAAAAUAGGAAUAGAGUCAUUUGUCAAAGAAGAAUAGAGUCACGUGAAAGGCGUGUGGGACAUAGUCGGCGUGAUUCUCACGCAAAUACAGCAAAGCGAUGCAGAAAAUCAAGGGACGACUCGUCCGUAGUUUCCGAAACAAUAUAUAAAUCCCAUCAAUCAAAUCGAAUCAAAAGAUUUAUACACAACGAAAUUAAUAUCGAAGCUUCUAGAAAAAUAUUAAGUACAAUACAUUGAGAUUAGGAGAAGUUAGUUUCACACAAAAAAAAAAAAAAAAAAAAAGAAGGUUUUAUCGAUUCCAAAACAGAGAACACUCAAACAUGUCUGGUAUUGCUCGUGGUCGUCUUGCUGAGGAACGUAAAUCAUGGAGAAAGAAUCAUCCUCAUGGUUUCGUUGCUAAGCCUGAAACUAAUCCUGAUGGUACAAUCAAUUUGAUGGCAUGGCAUUGCUCUAUUCCUGGAAAGGCUGGGACUGAUUGGGAAGGUGGCUAUUACCCACUGACUAUGGUCUUCAGUGAAGACUACCCUAGCAAACCACCAAAGUGUAAAUUCCCUCAAGGUUUCUUCCACCCUAAUGUGUAUCCAUCUGGAACUGUUUGCUUGUCUAUACUUAAUGAGGAUAACGGGUGGAGACCUGCUAUAACAGUGAAGCAAAUCCUUGUGGGUAUUCAAGACCUGCUUGAUCAGCCAAACCCUGCUGACCCUGCCCAAACAGAAGGAUAUCAUCUAUUCAUUCAGGAUGCUGUGGAGUAUAAAAGAAGAGUCAAGCAGCAAGCAAAGCAAUACCCAUCUAUUAUCUAGUGCUAUAUAUGCUCACUUUAGGAAAUAUCCUAGUAUGGCAGCUGUUGUUUACCAUUUCUUGCUCGGUGCUAAAAUUGUUGCGUGAUUGUUGACUGCUAUGACAUGCAGACUUUUUGGUUUUGACUAUUUUUAUUUACUCUCAGGUCUGGAUAACAUGUUAAUAUAUGACAAUUUGAAAGUCAACGAAUAAUACUUGUUGGCGAUACUUCACUGGUACAUUUCCUAUAGAAAUGGAUAAUUUACUAUUAUAUGAUAUUAUGAUUGAUGCGCCGAAACUUUUUCCUAUUCUGAA